GCGCACGUUUAUUGUGUGGUCCACAAAAUAACACUGUGCUUUAUUUUGUUGUCUGGUCUACAGAAUAAAGUUGGAGUUUAUCCUGUGGUCUAAACCAACUGCGAUAUGGAAGCGGCCCGAAAUGCGCCUUCGUUAAGCUUGCUGUCAAAAUUGCCGGUUGACAAAGCUGAAAAGUACCUGGACACAGUAGUAAGCAGCCUGUGUGCAGGGCAGCCAUCGUUCCAACAGUGUUCUCAGGUGUGGUCGCUCACGGAGUUUUGGCAAUCCAACAAUGCCUGGAGGGACUUUCUGCUUGAUCCUGAUAAGAGGUUACUGGACAUCCUGCCAGCCACUCACCAAGCCGUUGUGCACAAGGUGACAGAAAGUCGGCGAGAGGACAUUACUCGCCAACGGCUACACAAGACGGAUGCCAUCGGAGCUCGUGUCUUGACUGACCUAGACUGGAGUGUCAAGUUGGUGCUUGGCAGUGACACAGUAGCAAGUUUGGGCGUGCCGCUGGCCAACCUGAACCUGACAGUGGGCGACCACGUCUUGUGCAUGGAAUUGAGCAUCGCUGAAGUCGAGUUGCUCAUGGCAUCUCUUGAGGCUGCACACAAGGCUGUGACGCAGUUUAGGGUGUGACGAGUCCCCGUGGAAGCGAGCUUGGGAACUGGAGCUCUACUGCCUAUUAAGGCGAAAAUGUUAUGAACCCGCUAGAUAAAUAAAGUGUGUGAAGGUGUGUUGUGAGAAUCGCCGAAACUUCUCUAUUUCACAUG